AUGGAUUCUACCGAUCGCCUCGUGACACUUACUCCGACCGCCACGACUGUCACGACGACUCGGCCGACCAUCCUCAACCUCGAGACCAACGUCCUCGUAUGGGGGACCGAACAAGAAAGCGAGGGCAGUGCUGGACAGCCGGGCCUCAUCAUAGGACCGAGCACAGUUAGGGCUUCGAACACGAUGGGAGAAGGACCCGGUGCUACAGGAUCGGCGCAACAACAGAUAGAGCAGCACAGUCUCCUACUGCAGAUAGUCUCUCAGAUUGGGCGCGCACCAUCGAAUGUGCAGCCAGCUCAACCCGCAUCUCCUGCGACAGAAAACCCUGGUCAAACUGUAGCGCCCAUCGAUAACCAUAAUGGAGGUGAUAGUGCGCUUGCCCAGCCAGCAACCACUCCCGACUCUGGCAUGGCGAGCAAUACGGACAUGAUAUCUCCACCACAAACAGCGCCAGCAGUAGCCAUUGGCGAAUUUGUAUAUGGAACACAGACGUUAACGCUUACGGCUGGUCUUAGCACCAACAUCGGCAGCAACUUCUUCCCUACCUUUGUAGGAUUAACGACUGACGCCGAAGGUAACACUUUGGUCUCGGUCUUUUCGGACGGGACUGCUGUCAUUGCCACUGUGCGUGUUGCGCCUACUACAAUGGUUGUACCAAGAUCUGGCUUCGAAGCAAGUACCACUGAUGCUGCAAAUCCUGGUGAGCAAACUGGCGGUUUGGCUACUACCUCCAGCAAGGAGGCUGGAGCCGGGAGGAGGCGUAAACUGGAGUGGUGGAUGGGUGCCGUUUUGGGCGCACUUAGCUUCGGAGCGAUGUUCUAG